AUGGGUUUAGGUCAUGAGCAAGGAUUUGGUGCCCCCUGCUUAAAAUGCAAGGAUAAAUGUGAAGGAUUCGAGCUACACUUCUGGAGGAAAAUAUGCCGCAACUGCAAAUGUGGUCAAGAGGAGCAUGAUGUUUUCAUGAGCAAUGAGGAAGAUCGAAAAGUGGGAAAACUUUUUGAAGAUACCAAAUAUACUACCUUGAUUGCAAAGCUGAAAACAGAUGGGAUUCCCAUGUAUAAACGCAAUGUUAUGAUCUUGACCAAUCCUGUGCCUGCCAAGAAGAAUGUCUCCAUCAACACGGUUACCUAUGAAUGGGCUCCCCCUGUCCAGAAUCAAGCAUUGGCUAGGCGAUAUAUGCAGUUGCUUCCAAGGGACAAACAACCAGUGGCUGGCUCAGAAGGGGCCCAAUAUCGGAAGAAGCAAUUAGCUAAGCAGCUUCCUGCUCAUGAUCAGGAUCCUUCCAAGUGUCAUGAGUUGACUCCCAAUGAGGUGAAGCAGAUGGAACAGUUUGUGAAGAAAUACAAGAACGAGGCUCUGGGUGUUGGAGAUGUCAAACUUCCCAGUGAGAUGGAGAUAAAAGCUUUUGAUGGAAGUACACUUGAUGGUGGGCACAGGGGCACUACGGCUGCAGUCGGAGCAAUGGAGGAUAAAUCAGCAGAUCAAAAAGAGGACUACUCCUGCUAUUGCUGCAAGCAGAGCAUGAAAGAAGGUGAUCCCGCAGUUUAUGCCGAGAGAGCUGGGUAUGACAAAUUCUGGCACCCUGCCUGUUUCGUUUGUAGCACCUGCAGUGAGCUUCUGGUAGACAUGAUCUAUUUUUGGAAGAAUGGGAAGCUGUAUUGUGGCAGGCAUUACUGUGACAGUGAGAAACCCCGGUGUGCUGGGUGUGAUGAGUUGAUAUUCAGCAAUGAAUAUACCCAGGCAGAGAAUCAGAGUUGGCAUCUGAAACAUUUCUGCUGCUUUGAUUGUGACUGCGUUCUUGCUGGGGAAAUCUAUGUUAUGGUCAAUAACAAACCCAUAUGCAAGCCUUGCUACGUGAGGAACCAUGCUGUGAUUUGUCAAGGAUGUCAUAAUGCGAUUGAUCCAGAAGUACAGCGAGUGACUUACAACAAUUUUAACUGGCAUGCUACCGAAGAGUGCUUUCUCUGUUCCUGUUGCAGCAAGUGUCUGAUUGGUCAGAAGUUUAUUCCAGUAGAAGCAAUGCUUUUCUGUUCAGUAGAAUGUAAAAAGAUGAUGAUGUCUUAAUGAGAAAGCACUAGAUAAUUCUGAGCCAUUGCUAUCUUCCAAAGUGGUCUGCAUUUCUACUGUAAAAUGGAAUUUGGGUGUUUGGAAAAAAUAAAAAAGAGGGGGGGAAAAACCUAGAAUAAGUUGAGAAAUUUUUAUUUCUGUUUCUCUUUCUGUCCUUGCUUUCAUCUUUUAGAAAUUGUAUUAACCACCUAUUCUUUUUUAAAAUAGAGGGAAUUGCAUAUUUGACUUGGGAAAGCUAAGCCUUUUGUUAUCUGUUUCUUUUACCCCCCCUUGCUUUUAAGAUGGAAAGGAAACAACUUUAAAAUUAAAUAAAGAACAUGUGUGUAUUC